UCUCGGCCAGCGCCGCCAUGUUUGCUUUCGAGAACACGUAACUGGUUGUUUCUCCUGAGCAUAGCAGAGAAUCUUUCCGCUGAUGUAGUGAAAUUUCGCGUAUAGGAGCAUUGGGAGCGACUUUCGAUCGAAGCGUCCUUACGAUUCGAAGACGCCAUGACGUCGAUACACUUUGUGGUUCAUCCGUUACCGGGAACCGACGAUCAACUCAACGAUAGAUUAAAGGAGGUUGCUGAGAAAAUAAAUAGAUAUGGAUUUGUCACACCCCCAGCAUUUAAUGGAUUAAAAGCAUCCGUUAAGAGAAUUGUAAUUGGACCGACUCAUAUCGCUCUUCUUAUGGAAGACAAUAAAAUCUGUCGAGUAGCUUUUACAAUUCUUUCGGACAGAUUGGAUUUAAGUAAAAAUGAACCCAAUAAAAACACGAGUAAAAAUCAUGUUGGUAAUUCAAAUUCAACACCAAGUGGAAGUGGAAGCAGCGGCAGUGGAGGUAGAGCUGGCAUUCCUCGAUCUAGAUCUGCUAGAAUUAUGAGAAGUAGUUCUGCAAUUCGUGGUGGUGGUAGCGGUGGAGGAAGUGGAAAUAGUGCCAGAAUUGGUCCAGCAGGUGUUAUAAUGGCCGGAGGGGGUGGUAGCAGUGCUCGAUCCAUAGUGUCUAUGCCAACCCCAUUUGUGCCUGAAGAUCUGAUUUCUCAGGCCCAAGUAGUAUUACAAGGGAAGAGUCGAAAUCUCAUUAUUAGAGAACUUCAGCGCACUAAUCUAGAUGUAAAUCUGGCUGUAAAUAAUCUUUUAUCUCGAGAUGACGAGGAAGGGGAUGAUGCAGAGGAUGCUGCUGAUAGCUAUGUUCCAGAAGAUCUUAUUUCAUUAUUGGAUGGUGGAUUUAGUAACGAGCACUCGGUUAUCAUUGAUGCUGACUCCAUGUUUUCUGAGGAUAUGUUUGGAUAUUCAGGCAUAAGAAGCCGUGGUAGUACUUCAAGAAGACUCGGUAAUGAUAGAGAUGGAGAACGCUCGACCGAUCGUGAUCGAGAUCGCGAUAGCUUCAGCAGGUGGAGGGACCGUCAGUAUUAUGGACCUCGACGAUGGUUGGAAACUGCUUUGAAAGAUUCAUGGGAAAAAGAUCCUGAUAACAAAAAGAAGGAACUAGCUUCGCAGAGCCCGAUAUGGAUAUCCGAAGAAUUAGAGUGGUGGCAUGAACGCAGCGGUGAACCUGCACCACGCUUUGUUCAAAUUGCUUCGCUGUACAGCGAACUCAUUGCAAUUUCUGUGACGGGGCAAUUAUACCAAUGGAGAUGGGCAGAUUCUGAACCUUACAAACACCCUGAGAAUCCAAAUAUCCAUCAUCCGAAAACUAUUCCCUUGGCAUUGAUGGGCGAGAAAAUAGUGAAUAUCUCUGCGACUGCGAUUCGUUGCUCCGUUAGCACUGAAAGUGGAAAAGUGGCAACUUGGCUAGAUGAACCUUUGGGGCCUGUGGCAGCCCGUUUAGAACACCCAGCACAAGCCUUCACUGAAUUCACUUUAGAUAAAAUUGUAUCGCUUCAUACAUGUUCUCUGUACACGGUUGCGAGAUUGGAGAGUGGAGCACUCUAUUGGUGGGGAGUUUUACCCUUUGCUCAACGAAAGAAACUUUGGGAGAGAUACAAGGCAAAGUCACGAAAGCACAGGGCUUCAAUAGCUCUUCCAACUGAAAUUAGUUAUGGCGCACACGUCUGUAUGAAAAAUAGCCCAAUACAUCAACCUGGUGCCAUCGGCUUUACUAUAGCUAACGGUGUACCAAAAGUAGGACAGCUUUUAUCAGCAGCAUGGAAUUUAGAUGUAACUUGCCGUUUUAAGAUUUUGCCCGCUGGCUCAUUAUUGCCACCUAAUACCUCGACUGAGAAACGUGAAUCUAAUGGGAAUAGUUGCACUGGUAAUUCCAGUAAGACUAAUCAUAAGGAGACAGCAGAUCGUCUCGACAUGCCUCCACCACCAUCCCCUGCUUCGAGCACUUGCAGCGAUACUGGCAGCAUUACUACCAGUCACAAGCGACAAAAGCGAAUGGCACCAAGAAAUGAAGGUGAACCUGAGAGAAAAGAUGAAGAAGAUUGGCAACUGAAAGAUGUCGUCUUCGUCGAAGAUGUCAAGACUGUUGCAAUAGGGAAAGUAAUAAAGGUCGAUGGCAACUAUGUGGCUGUCAAGUUCUUUUCAAAAGACUCCAAGGAAAAGGAAAGAGAGACGAAAGAGAAAGACUUCAGCGCUUCUGACUUUAAAGAUCUAACGGCGGAGGAAUUGAUAAAAUUACUUGCUGACUGUAGACUUUUAAGAAAAGAUGAAUUACAGGUAAUUAAAUCUCCACUAAACGCACGUGCACCAGAUUGUUUCCAACGUACACCGAGAAGAGUUAAUACCGUGGACGGUACAACCGAAAACAUUUUAACUAUUGCAACCGAUGGACAAGGAAUCCAUGCUAUUUUAAAAUCUAACAAUAAACUAAAUUACGUAGUAUACAAUUUAAGUACUGGGAGAUAUGUGCAAGACUGCUACAUUCCCUCAGAGAUAUCCUCAUUUAUGGGGCUGCAGCCUCAGAAUAUCAGUCUUAUCAGUGCAGGAGAGAGUACCGAGUGCUCCAUGAUUCUUCGUGAUGGAAACAGUACUAUCUAUCCCAUUGCAAAAGAUUGCGCUUUUGCGAUCCGCGAUCCUAAUUGGUUGGAUCUUAUGCCAGUGCUCUGCCUAGGAGCAUCAACGAUUCCCCUACCAAGUUGUUCGAAUUCAACAAACCUGAAGAAUCGAGUUGCAGUUAUUGCUUUCGUGUUUGACAAUCUCUUGCUUAUGCUUCGCAUAUUGAGAUGCGACUACGAUGGUGUCAAGCAAGUGUUUGCAAGCUUGGAACAAGAUACUAAAGGCUCGUUAGCACAAAUUCAGGUUAUUCUGACCGAGCGUUGCGACAGUAAUCGCAAUAUCAUUCAUGCAUGUGUGAACAUGUGUGCCCCGACAUCGAACAAGGAAAAUGAACCAGGUAUCGAACGUGAACUAGCCGCGAACACGGUUGAUGGCAAUUCCGCUCCUAUUGAGGAACCGAUCCCAGCAUUAAGUUGGCCUUCGGAAGCUUUUGACAAUACAUCCGGAGAGGAGGAUAGCUUGCUCAGUAUCGGAGCCGCUAGUAUUUCAAUGAUGACAAAAACCGGUCUGGGCUCGGCAUCGAACAAUACCUACAUUAUUGACUCGGUUGAGAGAAGAAACAACGCUUUGUUAAUACUGAGAUACAUGUGCGAAAAUACCGUCCUGGCUCCGCAUCUUAAAGAAUUGCUUACGGCAAAGGAUGCCCAAGGACAAACUCCUUUAAUGCUCGCUGUGUCUGCACGGGCGUAUCACGCAGCGUUGAUCUUGUUGGAUGCUAUUCAACGAGUGGGCAGAGAUGCGAAGGAAUGCUCGUUGAUGAUCCUUCCACCCGAUGCAAAUCCAGAUCUGUCACCCUUAUUCGUUCUUUGUUGCAACGACACUUGUAGCUUCACUUGGACUGGAGCGGAUCAUAUCAAUCAGGACAUAUUUGAGUGCAGAACGUGCGGUUUAACGGGUUCUUUAUGCUGUUGCACUGAGUGUGCCCGAGUUUGCCAUAGGGGGCACGAUUGUAAACUUAAGAAAACCUCGCCGACUGCAUACUGCGACUGUUGGGAGAAGUGCAAAUGCCGCGCUUUGAUAGCUGGUCAUCAAACUGCUCGCUAUAAUCUUUUGUGUCGCCUUGUGAUCGACACCGACCUGGCUACGAAAAUAAAUUCACGAGGGGAGAGUAUUCUGCUGUUCUUAGUGCAAACUGUUGGUCGUCAAUCUGUGGAGCAACGUCAGUUUCGAUCGGCACCUCGGCAACGUUCAACACCUGCUAGUCGCAAAACCCCUUCUGCUGAUGGAACUAGUGCUGAUUCUUACAUGCCCGAUCAUGAUCUAAUGCCUCCUCGCUUCAGUAGGCAAGCUUUGGAGAGACUCUUAAACGAUUGGCCAGCGGUUCAGUGUAUGAUCAUGUCUGGAGUUUCUGAAAACACCAACGAACAAUUGUUCGGCGAUCAAGGGCAAUCGUGCCGACAGAGCGGCACUGCUUUACUCGACAAGUUCACCCAUUCCUUGCUUGUAAAGUGCAGCGGAGAGCUGUACUUGAGUACUUUGAUCGUUACGCUUAUUCGGGAAUUGCGAAACGACACUAUUCCUGGACGCCAGGAAGAAGCUAUCAAUGUUGCCAGGCGCUUCGUAAGAUCCGUUGCAAGAAUAUUCGUGAUAUUUACGAUUGAAAUGUUGCCGAAUACAACCAAAAGAAGAAACGCCAGUCAACCUUCUCAACCGUUGAUGAAGUGUCGCAGAGUAUUCCACGCCCUACCUAAACUAGCUGUAGAGGAGCUGUGCGAAACGGCCGAUUCUUUGAUCGCUCCCGUCAGACUUGGAGUAGCUCGUCCAACAGCGCCGUUUACGUUAACCGGCUCGGCGGUGGAAGUGAUUCAUAACUCGGAGGAAUUGUUCUCUAUAGAACCACUGAUUCCACACAGUGGGGUGAAUCCUCAAACAUUGGACGCAGCUUUACAGACUCAGCAGGGGAACAAUAAUAUUGUCAUCGCAAGAUCCGUAUCUGGCAUCGAAGAGGCAGAAGCUGGGGAAGAGGUCCCGAUGGAUUUGGACGGCGACAUAAGCGAGCACGAAGAAUCCGGUGUACCAAGUGCAGUGGCGGGUCAACCCCUAGGUGAGGUCGACGGUAAUGCAGGUGGCGUUGGCGAGGAACAAGCCGGAGACGGGGAAUCCGACACGGAGCUAGAUUUGUUGGCCGAAGCUGAGACGGAGUCCGACUCGGACGACAAUCAUAGCAAUCAGGACGCAGCAUCUGCUCAGCGCAGCGUGCAAACUGGAGCAACUGCAGGCUCGGACGGCGGAAUGGGUUCCAUUCUGUUAUUCCCAGAAGAUGAGUCCGGAGAGUCGAGCCAGCAGGAAGACGACGAGAGCGAAGCCGGGGAAACGGACGAGCAGGAUAACGAUGACUUCCAAAUGGACGAACAACUCGAACGUAGAAGUGGAACCUCAGGCCACUUGCAUCGCAAUAACCUAGCUCCCGUCUCGAUGCAAUGGGCGAUACGAAACCGAGAGUUGAAUACUCGUACAGCUGGCUUAAGAGUGACCACUGGCAGCAAUCUAGUGUUCAUAGAUCCUUCAUCUCUCAGACGUUCCACCGCUACAUCCGCCGUGGCUGCUACUCAAGAACCUAUUACCAUGGGGACGACUGCCAGCUGCUUGGCACGAGCAUUCGGAAUUGCCAUCAGAGAGAUCGCCGAUCUCCUGACGAUGACGCAGGACUACAAAACGCUCACGCCCGUUCUCUCGAGAAUGAUGGAAAUUACUUUCCAGGACGCAGCUAACUUGGAGACAUUCCUGGAAGGACAUUUGAAACCAACGUGGGAUUGGUUAAUGACCGUAAUGGACGCGACCGAGGCCCAGCUAAGAUUCGGAGUGUCUCUGACCCGAAGCGCAGACCCGACUCAUCCGGAACAUCCGCUGAACAACGCGCCCUUGUUCUCAGGUGCUAAUAUCACGAGAUUGAUUAACUCCGCGGCCCUCUCCCUGACCCUGCAAGGAAAUUCAGGUCGGACCCAACGCAGUGGUAUCACUACAUCCUCCAAUAUCUCCAACAGUCAAGACUCAACCCGACUCACCGUUGGUUUUACAGGAGUUGGCGAGCCUCCGAGGAGCAGUAGGGAUCGCGAAGGAGGAGAGUCAAGGCGCGAAUUUCUCUCGUACUGUUUGUCUUUGAUGAGGGCACAUAACAGCGAGCACAGGGACAGUUUGCCGGUCUUGGACGUGUCGGCAUUGAGGCACGUUGCUUACGUUUUCGAUGCUUUGGUCUACUACAUGAGGACCUUGUCGGAGCCCUUCUCCUCGAGGGGAGAAUCGCAGAAGGUCUCGUCCACGUACGCACCUUGGAACGACCAGGACGAGAACGACAACGACGAGGGCGAGGAGGAGAAUUUACCGGCCAGCACCGCGAUGGAGACGUACUCCGCGGAUUACCCGGAUUUACUUCAAGUCCCGAUUUGCGGGACAGGCAACAACAGCAAUACCAGCGGGAAGGGGCGAAAGCAUCCUUUCUUUCAAAGAUCGGACUCCACGUUGUGCCUUGGUUGCCCGCCACUCGAUCCGUUUGACACUGCCAUGAGCGAAGCGUUACCGCUAGCUGACCAGCCGCAUUUAUUGCAGCCGCACUCGAGACGCGAAGACCUCUUCGGCGUGCCGAGGCAAUCCACCGGAGCUAAUCAAAACCCCUUGGAAGGAUUGCCCACGAGACUGGGCCUCUCGGCCCGCGGGGUCGAUAAUCAAAAUCCAUCGGUUAUUCCGAGUUUCAGCCAGGUCAUGCACGGCUCUAGCUAUGCAUUCGCUUCGGAAUCGAGGCGUGCCAACGAUUCAAACGAACCGGGAACCAGCAAGUACACGGAGAAGCCAAAGUCGUUCAAUCCAGGGAACGAUAAUCAGCCAAUGGUUACUGAACAGGCCGACAGAGCUCCGAUUAUAGUGUCACCGAACAGUCAAAGUGACGCCGGGUGCACGAAGAACAAGGACGUUUGUAAGACCGGUAGGAGCGUUAUUGUCAGAGCUGGAACUGUCUCGGAACCAAAUGUAAAUAAAGCUGGAGCUCCGGAAGUGCUCGUCGCGUCGGCGAUGGAGACGCAAAACGUGACCGAGGAGGUCGAUCCAGCGGCGACGAGUCACGAAAUAUCGGCCCACGAGACCGUGGAAACGAGUCCCGUGGAAUCUGCCAGGGCAGCCUCUUCGAUCGGCUCCAACAUUUCGCACAAUCUUCUCCUAGGACGCUGGAGAUUGUCCCUGGAUCUCUUCGGCCGGGUUUUCAUGGAAGACGUCGGUCUCGAGGCCGGAUCCAUCGUGUCCGAGCUUGGAGGUUUCACCGUGAAGGAGGCGAAAUUCCGCAGGGACAUGGAAAAGCUAAGGAACUCGCAGUCGAAGGACAUUGCCCUGCUAAAAGUUGAACGCGACAGGACGCAACUACUUGUGCAGACCAUGAAGGAACUUAAUACGCAGUACAACUUGCACAACAAGCGGGCUGCUUCUAAUACACCGCCGUUGGCGGUCAACAAGAUCAAAGUGACGUUCAAGGACGAACCUGCUGAAGGAUCAGGUGUAACUAGGAGUUUCUACACCGCUAUCGCCAAGGCGUUGCUGGCGAAUGAAAAACUCCCCAAUCUGGAAUCGGCGCAAGUGGUAUCUAGGUACACUCAAUACAACAUACAACUACAGAAGAUAAAGAGCCGAGAUCGCGAUCGUGAUCUCCGACGUCAGAAUCCCCGAUCAUCCGGGAAGUGCCGGGAAACCCGAAGAGCUUUGUCCUUCCAAGCUCGCUCCUUCCACCCGACAACGUCCACGGAAGGAACCAGCGGAUCAGCUCCUGGAAGUUCAUCCUCCAAUGCCCAUCCGCACUUGGUUAGUCACCCGAACAACGAUCAUCUUACAGUUCAUCAACAGCAGCUCGGGGACAGGCUUUAUCCCAAGGUACACGCCCUGCGACCCAGUUUGGCCGAGAAAAUAACCGGGAUGCUGCUCGAGCUCUCUCCGGCGCAGCUUUUGAUGUUGCUGGCUUCGGAGGACUCUCUGCGACAGAAGGUCGAGGAAGCUUUCGAGCUGAUCCACAGCCACGUCCAGGACCUGACGAGCGAGGCUCUCCUAGAUUUGGACGUCUUCAGCUUGGCCGAGCGUUGCGGGGCCAACAAGAAGAAGAUGGAAAACGCAUCCAGCAUUUUGGACGACUUCGCGGACAACGCCCCGCUCUUCUAUUCUCCGGGGAAGAGCGGCUUUUAUACGCCGAGGCAAGGAAGAGCCAGCUUCGAGCGCUUAAACGCGUUCAGAAAUGUGGGCAGAUUGAUAGGGCUCUGUCUUCUGCAAAACGAGCUGUGCCCCAUAUUCCUGAACCGACACGUGAUCAAGUACAUCCUGGGGAGGCCGAUUCGCUUCCACGAUCUCGCUUUCUUCGACUCGGUCAUUUACGAGAGCCUGAGACAGCUGGUGAUCGACGCAGAGACCAAGGACAGCAACAGCCUCUUCUCGGCGCUAGAUCUCACCUUCAGCAUCGACCUUUGCCCCGAGGAAGGAGGCGGAUCGAUCGAGCUCUUGCCCAACGGAGGCGACAUCGAGGUCACCGCGACCAACGUAUACGACUACGUGAGGAAAUACGCGGAGGUUCGCAUGAUCAAGGUCCAGGAAAAGGCUCUGGAGGCUAUGCGAGAGGGGGUCUUCGACGUCCUCCCGGAAGGGGCCCUCGACGGGCUGACCUCGGAAGACCUGAGGCUUCUGUUGAACGGCGUCGGCGACAUCAACGUUUCGGUUCUGAUUUCCUACACGUCGUUCAACGACGAGUCCGGGGAAUCCACGGAGAGACUAGUCAAGUUCAAACGAUGGCUCUGGUCCAUCGUCGAGAAGAUGACGCACGUGGAGCGACAGGACUUGGUAUACUUCUGGACGGGAUCACCGGCGUUGCCCGCAAGCGAGGACGGAUUCCAGCCGAUGCCCAACGUGACGAUUCGCCCCGCCGACGACCACCUUCCUACUGCCAACACCUGCAUCUCUCGCCUCUACGUUCCGUUGUACAGUUCCCGUCACAUUCUGCGCCACAAGCUGCUCCUGGCCAUCAAGACGAAGUACUUCGGGUUCGUUUGAACUCUCCGAGAGACCGUCGGGGGGCGCCACCGACACCCACACACGAACU